AUGACCAAACCAGUUUUCGUUGUGAACCAAGAACGAUUUCUGUCCAAAAGCUUCUCCUUUUUUCUCUUCUCGUCGCUGCCCGACAUCACCGGCUUCCACCACAACCAUGUCUUCUCUUCAUUUCAACCUCCAUCCACUCCCUCCAUCUUCAUCUCCACUACUCACCACCACCAACAACAUUUCUUCCUUCUCCCCCACUUCCCUCUCCAUCUUCUACAACAACCACCACCACCUUCUUCGCUUCAAUCUCAUCGGGAUUUGAAGCCGCAGAAUUUGCUUCUCGAUCAACAGCAAGGGAUUUUGAAGAUUGCUGAUCUUGGUCUUGGGAGGGCUUUUACCGUCCCGCUUAAGAGUUAUACUCAUGAGAUUGUUACUCUUUGGUAUAGAGCUCCUGAAGUUUUGCUUGGAUCUACUACCUACUCUACUAGAGUUGAUAUCUGGUCUGUUGGAUGUAUCUUUGGUACGUCAUUCUCUCGAUUUCAAUUCUUUUUUCUACUUCUUCUUGUUGUUGCUGCUAAUUUACCAUAA